AUGUAUUCAACCUACAAGCACAUCUUUAAACAAAUGAAUGAUAUUAUGCAGGAUCCCAUCAUUAAUGAAUUUUUAUCAGUGAAAUAGAUUGAAGACAAUAUUCCUGACAGAAAGAACAUUAUCAAGUUUGGAUUGAUACUCAAAUAAUUAGAUUAGUUUAUGAAAGAGCAAAUGGUCAUUGAAUAAAAAAUAAAAGGCAAAUUAUUGGCCAUCAUCAAAUAUGACAAGUCUUUUCCUAAAUUUGUGAAUUUCAUCUAAAUAAUUAAUGAUGAGUAUACUAUUGAAUUUUCAUAAGCACAUCUUGAUGAACUAAGUCAUAUCACUGACAGUCAUACUGACGACUUGUACACCUUAUAAGAUAUCAUAUACGAAGUUGUAAAAAGAAUUAAAACCAGAGUCAAUAUGGAGCAUCUCAAAUAUUUGCUCGAUUAAUAAAUUUAGCAUUCAAUAUCAACUAAACUCUAUCAAAUUAAUCAGCCUCCAACAUUAAUCUAUUUGUUAUAGCACAACGAGAGAAUAGUCUUCAUUUUAAUUGCUGUUUGUAAUCAAGAGCAGAUUCCCUUGCCUUGCUUCAUUAAUUGUUUGUAUUUGACUGGAGAUCAGAUGAAAUUGAGAAUAGAUUAGAAUCUAGAAAGAACCAUAUUGUCAAUUGUGUAAGUAAAAAAGGUGGCUGAAGAAUUGGGUUAUAACAAUGUAUCAUUAGCAGAACAAGGACUUCUAGAACUCAAAUUACAAUAUUAUAAGUAGUAUUUAGAGAUACCUGAAUAAGAUUUAAUCGAUUCAACAUUAUCCGUUCUUGUAAUGAAAGGAAUAGAAGUAAAUUAAGUGCAAAUAAGAAAUUUGUUGACUCAAACGUUGAAAAUUUAGAAUUGUCCUUAAAUCAAUCGAUUGAAAACUCUAUUUAAUCAAUUAUUAGAGACAUCAUAACAAAUGACAGAGAGAAGACAAUAAAAUAGAAAUCUCAAAGUCAAUAUUGUUAUUGUCUUGAAAUAAGUUAUUUUGAAAAUGAUAAAGGAUAAAACAGGAUUCCCAUAAAUUAUAAAUUUGAUGAAAUUAAGAAAUGGAAACCUUAAAUUUGAUGCAACUGAUACAGUGCUAAGGAAAUACUUUUAAUAUAUUUAAAAACCACUUGUUGAACUUUAUAGUGUUACUAGUUUCACUCAAUUAAACAACUUUUGUAGAACUUCAGUAUUAAAUCCAACAGAAUAGUGUGAGGCUGAAAUAAUUGAGAAAAUGCUUGAAUUAGUGUAUUAGGAGCGUUCAAAAUAUUUGGUUGAGUUAAAGAGUAUUUUUGAGGAGUCAAAAUAAACUAAUAACAGUUUACUUAUGAUACUCAGUAUUUGUCAAGAGAAAUCAAAUAAGCCUAUUGAAAAAUCGGACAAAAUUGAGAUUCUGUUUUAGAUAAAAGUGUUGAUAGAAUAAUUGUUGUCGUAUACAGAAAAAAACAAAAUAAUUGAAUUGGAUAGUGAUGAAGAGUUAAAGAAAUUAUAGAAGAUAUGA